AUGCUCUAUGCGCUGCUAUUCGAGUUGGCCUAUAAGUCGCUCGCCCUCGUGGUCACCGUCUGGGUCGCCCAGUUCCUGACCUCGCAGUAUUUGGAAGCCCUGGUCGAGUUCACCCGGAUCUACAUCAACGUGAUCGAUCUGUUGUAUGCUGAUAGACAGGCACCGUUGAGGGCAUAG